AUGGAGGAGCGAGAACACGCGAGUGGGAAAAACUACUUCCAGUACGUCGACAAGCGGAAGUUUUCGUCUAGUUUUAAACAAGCCAGUGCCACUUUGAAGCGCACACUCUUGCUUCAUCAUCCGGAAACACAAGAAGUCUGUGAAGAUCUAGACGUCGCCGAUAGUGCGGUGGCAUUCAAGUUUCGUGUUAGCACCCAGUUGAAGACGGGGAAAGAUACAUCAGUCCUGCUUCGUGUCAUCAACCGUCGCUACGAAGAAGACCACCGGGCGGUGGUAUGGCGAGUCUUUGCCGAGGGGCAAGGAGCAUUUUACUGGGAUGCACGCAGAUGA